UGCUGCCGCGCCAGCCCUCUCCUCCUCCCCCGCAAUCCUCAGUCCAGAGCCGCUGCCACCAUGAGCGCCUCCCCGCCGCGCAGGGAAUUCACAAACCCGCCAAACUACUCCUUCCCGCACCACCGCCUGCGCCGCGUCCUGCGCGACCCGCGCAAGACGCCGAUCGUCCUCGUCGCGUGCGGCUCCUUCAGCCCCGUCACCUUCCUCCACCUCCGCAUGUUCGAGAUGGCGAAGGACUACGUGCGCCAGAACACCGACUUCGAGAUCGUCGGCGGCUACCUCUCCCCCGUCUCCGACAUGUACAAGAAGCCCGGCCUACUCAGCGCACACCACCGUGUCAACAUGUGCAACCUCGCCGCCGAGCACACAUCUUCUUGGCUCAUGGUCGACCCGUGGGAGGCCUUCCAGUCCUACCAGCGCACCGCCGUUGUCCUCGAUCACUUCGACUACCAGGUCAACACCGUCCUCGGUGGUGUCCAGACCGAAGACGGCGAGCACCGCACCGUGCGCGUCAUGCUCCUCGCCGGAUCCGAUCUCAUCAGCACCAUGAGCGAGCCCGGCGUGUGGAGCUACGAGGACCUCGAUCACAUUCUCGGCCGAUACGGCGCGGUGAUUAUCGAGCGGCAAGGGUCCGGGAUGGACCAGGCGACCGACAGCCUCGCGCGAUGGCGACAUAAUAUCCAUAUGGUCUCUCAGCUCAUUCAGAACGAUGUGUCGAGCACAAAGGUCCGCUUAUUCCUCAAGCGCGGCCUCUCUGUGCACUACCUGCUGCCCGCGCCGGUCGUGGAUUACAUCGAGGAGCACCACCUAUACCAGGACGAUACGGCGGAGAGGCGCAAGUCGGAUUCGUUCUCUGGCCCGUCAAGUAGCAAGCCGCAGCCGCCAACGCCGAGUGCGGACGGGCCGUGCGCGCAGGCAUAGACUUGGAGUCCCGCAUCCGCAGGUAGCCCCCUCCUUAUAGGGGUAGCUCCCCUCCUUAUAGGGAGGGUGUGCACACCCACAUAUCAUCUAGGCCUGGAGUCCGUCAUAGAGGGGGUAAGAAGAGAAUUCUCAAGAUCAAUGUACCACUAUCUGUCCACCUUUGUACUACGAUGGGUGUCCCGUUCUGCACCCCGCUUGUGUACAUCCUACACCACACUCAUCACGUCCCUCUCCUCGCCCUUCUAUACGCUUCCUCUCACCUCGGACACGACCUCACUACGCUUUUUAUAUAGGCAGGAUGUUUUCUUCUUUAUUCGUACUUCGUAAUCAAUCUAUCGGCAUAUCGCAUAGUAUG